UAGAAAAAGAAAAACCUCUGCUUCUCAGCCUCUGUUUCUUCCUCUAAUUUCACCUCUGUAAUCUGUUUUCAUCUCCUCCCAUACUCCAUUGUAUUUGCUCUAUUUAUCUUCUUCCUCCAUUCUCCCACCCAACACCAUCCUCCAUGAUUGAUCAUGAGGCAGCCAGAAACACAAACCCUACAAUGUGAAUGAAUGUCGAAUUCAAAACACCACCACGACCAGUCCCGGAAUAUGAUCACAGACACCGCCACCGAUAAUUCGUUCAAAUGUGAGAGGAAAAAGAAGUCUUUGCUCACCAAUAUUUUUAGUAAGAAGGGAAGGAGUAGAAGAGGAACGGAUGGAGAUGGAUUCCCAGAUUUGAAUCGAAGAAAUGUGGCGAGGAGUUGUUUGUUGGAUGCAUCUCCUCUUGUCAGAAAAAGCUUUUCAGAUAGACCUUCGAAUUCACGAAUCGAAAGCCUGAACAUUUGCACCAUUGAACGACCGUUGCAGCGAGAAAUAGUAGAGAAGAAAGUGUACAGGCUAUUUGUCGGAACAUGGAAUGUAGGAGGAAAAACACCGCACAUUGGCCUCAAUCUUGUAGAUUUUCUACAAGUUGAAGAAGACAUAGAUAUAUAUGUGUUAGGGUUUCAGGAGAUAGUUCCUUUAAAUGCAGGCAAUGUGCUUGUCAUUGAGGACAACGAGCCAGCGACGAAGUGGCUCGCGCUUAUCGCUUCGGCCCUCAAUAGCUCUAGUGGCAGAUACUUGAGUGACAGGGAUGACUUUUCAUCUGAUUCUAACUCAUCAAAGCACAUCAACCAAGCGAAAGAGAGGACCGCCUUUCAGAGAUCCUCACUGAAGGCUCUAAGCAAACAUCAUAGAGCAAAUAGCGCUUUGGUCAAGACCUGUAACUGCUCAAUUGAUCCAUCUAGCAUGCGGUGGAAGGCAAGGGAGCUGAGGGAGUUCAUACACAGACUCGAGUCAAUCACAAUUGAUGAAAAUUCUCCAUUAACAUGUUGUGGUGGUCCGGAGAAGGUGAUCGGCGAUACCUAUUGUUUGGUUUCCAACAAGCAGAUGGUGGGCAUAUUCUUGUCUGUGUGGGUGAAGAAUGAUCUUGUGCAACACAUUGGCCAUCUUAGGGUUUCCUCUACAGGAAGGGGGAUCAUGGGUUACCUUGGAAACAAGGGAUGUAUUGCAAUGAGCAUGACAAUACAUAACACGAGCUUCUGCUUUAUCUGUAGCCAUUUGGCUUCAGGAGAGAAGGAAGGAGAUGAGCUGAAGAGAAACUCCGACGUUGUCGAGAUCUUGAAGAACACACAGUUCCCUAGUAUAUGCAAGACACCAGCUCGUCAAAUACCCGAAAGGAUCAAAGAUCAUGACCGAGUAUUUUGGCUUGGGGAUUUGAAUUAUCGAGUUGCUUUAAGCUACGAGGACACGAGAACAUUGCUAGAUGAUAAUGAUUGGGAUGCUUUACUAGAGAAGGAUCAGCUAAAUAUGGAGAAAGAAGCAGGAAGAGUAUUUGGUGGGUGGAAGGAGGGAAAGAUCUACUUCGCACCAACCUACAAAUACUCUCACAACUCCGACGAAUAUGCUGGAGAGACGGUGAAGUCGAAGAAGAACCGUCGAACCCCAGCAUGGUGUGACCGUAUAUUAUGGUGCGGAGAUGGAAUCGAGCAAGUACAAUAUAACAGAGGAGAGUCAAGAUUCUCCGACCACCGGCCGGUAUGUGCGGUUUUCAGAACUCAGGUGGAGUUCAGCACCAGCAGUACCUACGAGGACGGCUACGCCAGUGCUGGAGGGAGGAGUCCGAUUGUCGAAACUAGACCUCAAAGGCACAGCUUCUAUGAGUUCUGAAAGAGAAGUAUAGUUAUAGAGGGAAAAGUAGAUUUUACUAGGCCUGUAAUUUACAAAUCCCAUUACAUGUAAAGAUGUUAAUGAAGUUCUAUAAAUAAGGAAAAUUAGGUUGCUUAUUUUCUGCGUGGGCAGUAUAUUCUGUAAAUUGGUUUGCUUGGACAUUCUUCAUUCUG